AUGUCCGAGAGGAAACUUGUCUUUGUCGUUAUACUUUUAGUGCAGUUAGAAAUUUGCUUAUCAUUGUACACGAAACCAUGGACUGAAAAAUAUGAAAGUAAUAAUAAAUGUCCCAAGUUAUACCCUAAAAAUUUCGACAACUACAUGCCAGCAGGCAACUUAACAGCGGGUAAUUAUACAGAGAAAACUGACUUAAAGGGGCUUAAACAAUGUGUGAUGUCCUGUUGCCUUGCUGACAAUUGCAAUAUUGUGUUCAUAGUAGAUUCACGGUGCUAUCAUAUAGAGUGUGUAACAGAUGAACUGUGCCUUCCAUUGCCGAGAAGUGGCCGCAAUUGGAAUAGACAUGUUUCUAUGAUACUUGUAAAACCUGUGCUUCCCAGUGAAAAUUGGUCAGAGAUCCUUGGCCAGUCAAGCUUUCGAGAAGAGCAAAAUUUUGGAGAAGAAGAACUCGUUUAUGGGUAUCCAAACCGACACAGUGAAGUUGCUGACGAUGAAGAGUCUAAUUACCUAGCACACUUUAUAAAUAACUUGCCCACUAUUGAUGAUGAGGAUUCUGGUUAUGAAAAGUAUGAUAACAGUGAUAACGAUAUGAUGUUGGCUUCUAAGUUUCUUGAGCAUGUGGUAUGUGUGAUGGGGACUAAUAAUUGUCCCUUUAAUGCAGAAUGUAUCCCAUUAGGGCAUAACAUGCAUAAGGGUAUAUGCAAAUGUGUAUUGGGUACAGAAAUGAAUGAACAGGGUGCCUGUGUGCCAUUAAGACGUCCAUACUCAAAGGGUCCUACUGAUCUUAAUGAUUCUAUUAAAAAAGAAGACAUAGAAACAAAAAGUGACAUUAAAGAAAAUAAACCAGUGCAAAAUUUAACAGUAUCCAUACUUUCACAAACAGUGCAGUUACCAGAAAAUGAAGUAACCCUAUCUGCUUAUACAAUACCAGAUGAAAAGUCCACGAUGAGCCACUAUAGCCAUGUUUGGACGCUUGUUGGACAACCUAAAGAUACAUUUACAGGCAACAUGAUACAAAACGGAGCAUCGGUGACCUUAACUGAUCUUACUGAAGGUCAAUACAGAUUUAAAGUGACAGUAAAUGGAACUAACUCGUAUGGAGAGGGUUAUGCAAACGUAACAGUGUUGCCACCCAAGAGAAUUAAUAAAGCCCCAGUAGUCGUUAUAACACCGCAAUCGCAAACUGUAAAAUUACCCAAUUCAGGCGCAGUUUUGGAUGGAAGUGAGAGCAAGGAUGACGACCAAAUAAUUUCAUGGCACUGGGAAUUGACUGCUGGACCGUUGGGCUACCAACCCAAAUUGGAAGAUGGCGCUACGCUUGUUUUAAAAGACCUCAAACAACCAGGAAAUUAUACGUUUAAAUUGACAGUUGAAGACUCGGACCACGUGAAAAAUUUCACUUCGGCUAAUAUUACGGUUUUAAAUCAUAUCGAUUAUCCACCAGAGGCAAAUGCAGGCCAGGACGUUAUACUCUACCUUCCAAAUAAUAAUUUGACACUAAAUGGUAGCCUGUCUACGGAUGACCAUGAGAUCACUUCUUGGGAAUGGACGAAAUCAGCGGAAGAUGCUAAUAAAGCUGUCGAUAUGCAGAAUACACAUUCACCUUAUUUACAGCUAUCAAAUCUAUCAGAGGGUGUAUAUACAUUUGUGUUAAAAGUGACAGACUCGUCCAGUCAGUCUUCGUCCGCGGAAGUGCACGUGUUCGUUAAGCCUCCAACCAAUACUCCUCCGGUUGCAGAUGCUGGCGAGGAUGCUUUCAUAUCACUUCCUCAAACCUGGGUGACACUAAAUGGUACUGGCUCACACGAUGACCGAAAACUUGUUGCGUACACUUGGCGUUGCCUGUCUGGUCCCACUAACUCUAACAUUAUCACGUUUAACGAAAGCAUUGCGAAUGCAACGCAACUCACGAAAGGGCUAUACGUGUUUUCGCUGACCGUAUUGGAUGAUAAUGGCAACACUGCUACAGAUAACGUCACUGUCACUGUCACACAGAACAAAAACAGCCCACCAAAGGCAGACGCGGGUGGUGACCAGGUUCUGAACUUGCCCUUGCCAGUGUUAAUACUAAACGGCUCGAAAUCUUCGGAUGACUUCCGCAUAGUGUCUUGGAAGUGGACCAGACUUAGCUCAGGACUAGCGGCUGGAACAGUUAUACUUGAUUCUGAUAAAGAGUCUGUUUUGAUGCUCACAAACAUAGAAGCCGGCAGAUAUAUCUUCGAAUUGACAGUGACAGAUGACCAAGGAGAGUCAAGUCGGGACACAGUGAGUGUUCAAGUCAAACCGGACCCUCUCGAGAUGAAACUUCUAGAAAUGGAAGUCCACACACCGAUAUCAACAUUUACCAAGAACCAGUUGGAUUCUCUUCUGCAAAAGAUGAUGCUUCUCCUCAAAGAUGAUGUAAAGGUCAACGUCACGGAGAUAAGGGGAGAAGUCGAUUCGGGGAAUACGCAGAUUAUUUUCUUCUUAUCGGAAAAGGGCGAGGCAAUAGACGGUAUUCGUGCCUUAGCAUUAUCACGCCCAGCUGCAAUAUCAAGCGGUGCGGCGCGUGUACGUCCCGUACGCUGUCUUAGUACGUGCUCGGGACGCGGAGUGUGCGAUCAGUCGACGCGCACGUGCCGUUGUGACGCUUUUUGGAUGCAGAGUUUGUUUGCUCAGUUGCAGGCGGAUGCUAUGCCUGAUUGUGAUUGGUCCGUGGUAUACGCGAGCGUUGGGGGCGUUGGCGUGUUAUGCGCGUUGUGCGGCGCGGGUUGGGCAUGUUCACGCGUCGCACGUAAACUGUGCGCGCCUCGCAAACCUAGACAACGUACGUACCGGCCCUUACCCCACGCCGAUCACGAACAAAAACCACUUGCAAACGACCUAUCCGAGUCGGACACGGAUUCCGACGUGUUGUACGAGACAAAAAAUAAAAUGACGUCAUUCACACGCGCCAUUAAUGGCGACGCGCAAUCCAACGGCUGGAAGAACAGUGUCAAGGUGGCACGUCGCAUUAAAACGUAG